AUGGACCAGACAUUGCCCGGAGCCGGACAGGCCGGCCACAAUCGCCCGCUUGACGCCUACUGGAUGCCGUUCACCUCGAACCGGCGCUUCAAGGCGGCCCCGAAGCUGCUCGCCGAGGCCAAGGGCAUGUAUUACCGCUCGGAUGACGGACGCGAGGUGCUCGACGGCACCGCGGGCCUUUGGUGCUGCAACGCGGGGCACGGGCGCGAGGAAAUCGCGGAAGCGGUAUACCGGCAGCUCCAGAAGCUGGACUAUGCGCCGUCGUUCCAGCUCGGCCAUCCCAUCGCCUUCGAGUUCGCCGAGCGGCUGACCGAUCUCGCGCCGGAGGGCUACAACCACGUCUUCUUCACCGGUUCGGGGUCCGAGUCCGCCGACACCGCGAUGAAGAUCGCGCUCGCCUACCACCGGGCUCGCGGGGAGGGGACCCGCACCCGCUUCAUCGGCCGUGAGCGCGGGUACCAUGGCGUCGGGUUCGGCGGCAUGUCUGUCGGCGGCAUCAUGGGCAAUCGCCGCCAGUUCGGCGCGAUGCUGCCCGGCGUCGAUCACAUGCGCCACACACAUGACCUGGAGCGCAACGCCUGGAGCGUCGGCGAGCCGGAACACGGCGCGGAACUGGCCGAUGAUCUCGAGCGGCUGGUCGGCCUUCAUGGCGCCGACACGAUCGCGGCGGUGAUCGUGGAACCCGUCGCGGGGUCCACGGGCGUUCUGGUGCCGCCGAAGGGCUACCUCAAGCGCCUGCGGGAGAUCUGCGACCGGCACGGCAUCCUCAUGAUCUACGAUGAGGUCAUCACGGGAUUCGGCCGUCUCGGCACGCCGUUCGCGGUCGACCGGUUCGGCGUCGAGCCGGACAUCUUCACGACCGCCAAGGCGCUGACCAACGGUGUGCUGCCGAUGGGCGCGGUCUUCACCAAGGACCACGUGCACGACGCGCUCAUGCAGGGCGACGAGGCCGCGAUCGAGCUCUUCCACGGCUACACCUAUUCGGGGCAUCCGGUCGCGUGCGCGGCCGGCCUUGCCACGCUGGACAUCUACGCCAACGAGGGGCUCCUGACCCGCGCGACGGAGCUCGAGACCCUGUGGAGCGACACGAUGCACGCGCUUCGCGGAGAGCCGCAUGUGAUCGACGUGCGCACCAUCGGCCUGGUCGCGGGCAUCGAGCUGGCUCCGCGGGCCGGUCAGGUCGGCGCGCGUGGCUACGAGGUCUUCACGCGCUGCUUCGAGGAGGGCGUCCUGAUCCGAGUGACCGGCGACAUCAUCGCGCUGUCGCCGCCGCUGAUCGUGGAGCCGGGCGAAGUCGCACGCAUGGCGGAAUGUGUCCGCGAUGCCCUGAAGGACGAUGCGGUGAACGAUGGUGCAACGGGCGAGGGACUGGUGGCCGGCAUUGACGAGGCGACCGGGGCGGCGCUGAUCGAGAUCGUUCGGGCUGCGGCGGCGCGGGAGAUCCUUCCCCGCUUUCGGAACCUGGCGGAAGACGAGAUCGACACCAAGGCCGGGCCGGAUGAUCUCGUGACCAUCGCCGAUCGCGCGGCGGAAGCGGCAAUCACCAUCGCCGCGCGCGAUCUUCUUCCCGAUGCGCUCGUGAUCGGGGAGGAGGCGGUCUCCGAGACGCCCGAUCUUCUUGCUCUGAUGGAAGAUGCGAAGACCUGUGUGGUCAUCGACCCCGUCGACGGAACCAGCAAUUUCGCGUCGGGUAUCGCGGCCUUCGGCGUCAUCCUGAGUGUUGUCGAGCGUGGGCAGCCGGUGUUCGGCCUGCUGUAUGAUCCGGUCCUCGAUGACUGGAUCGUCGCGCACAAGGGGCAGGGAGCCUGGUUCUCGGCGCCGGGCCAUACGCCUCGCCGUCUCACGACCCGGCCUCGUCCGCCCGCAGGCCGGCUACAGGGAUUCGUUCCGGUCGACCUGUUCGAGCCGAUGGACCGGGCGCCGGUGAUGGCGCGCUUCGCUCCGCUCGGGCCGACCCGGGCCCUGCGCUGCUCCUGCCACGAGUAUCGCACCAUCGCCUUCGGUCACGCCGACUACGCGGUUUCUCCGGAACCCAAGCCGUGGGACCACGCCGCCGGUGCGUUGAUCGUCGCCGAGGGACGUCGCGCUCGAUGUCGCGCGAAUGGCUUCAAACAAGGGCUGACGUCGGGUCCGCUCCGGUGUCGCGGUGGAUGUUCAGCGCUGAUGCGGGCGAUGUUGACGCGUCGCCUUGCCCGGCGUGUCUCAAUUUGGUCGCGACUUGUGAUUGACAAGCCGGAACGGCCGGUUCAGGUGAUGACCCGCAAGCCAGGAGACCUGCCGCUGAUGUCACGAUCUGCCUUGCGCAGCCUCGUGACCACCGCAACCGGACGCCGGGGUGAGCGUCACGCGGGUGAGCGACAGGUGAAUUCCGUCUCCGCUUUCCGCAUCCUUCCCCGAUCGUCCUUUCAGUCGACCGUGCCGGCUUGUUCAAGCCGGCGGCCCAUUGAGAGGGCGCAUUUCCAGCUCGCCUAUACGCCCGAGGUGAACCUGCAAAAGGCAGGUGACGUGCCAGUCAAGCUCAUCUUCUGGCAUCCCUUCGAGAACGGCCAUGUCAUGGACAUGGGCGACCCGAUCCAGUUCUACGCCGUCCAUCGCGGCGAGAAGAUCGAUCUCAAGGGAUCCCUGAAGCCGAUCACCUUCGCGGGAACGGAGAACGAGGCCGCGGCCUUCGACGCGACGCUGCCGGUGAAACGCAGCGGCGACUACGUGCUCGUCGUGGAGCCCGCUCCCUACUACGAGGAAAGCGAGGACAUCUUCAUCCAGCAGAUCACGAAGUCCUACGUGAACCGCAACGAGAUGCCGACCGACUGGAUGGAGCCGCAGGGACUUGUCACGGAGAUCCUGCCGCUGAAUCGGCCGACCAACAUCGUUGCCGGCUCGACGUUCUCCGGGCGUGUCCUGUCCGAGGGCAAGCCGGUCCCCGGUGCCGAGAUCGAGAUCGAGUACAUGGCGGCCGAGCCCGACAUGAACGCAAACACGCCGGUGGCGCCGAAGGCAUCCCCGAUGCCGGGCGGUGCGGUGGUCGCGAUCUCGGACGAGAACGGGUACUUCACCUUCGGCAUUCCCAAGGCGGGAUUCUGGGGGUUCGCGGCGCUUGGUUCCGGUCCCGUGAAGGAGCAUGAGGGCAAGGAACUCAGUCAGGAGGCGUGCAUGCAUAUCGUCGACGGUGCACUGUCGCAUGGUGUGGUGGUUGCCGGGGCCGUGCUGGCCGCCGGCGGCAUCGCGAUGGGCUUGCGCAAGCUCCCCAUGGAGAAAAUCCCCGCGGCCGGAGUGCUCAGUGCCUCGUUCUUCGUGGCAUCCCUGAUCCAUGUGCCCAUCGGGCCCUCGAGCGUCCAUCUGAUCCUGAACGGUCUGGCCGGGCUUGUGCUCGGCUGGGCCGCCUUUCCGGCGCUUUUCGUCGGAUUGCUUCUGCAGACGAUCUUCUUCGGCUUCGGCGGCCUUACCGUUCUGGGCGUCAACACGGUGAACAUCGCGCUGCCGGCGGUGGCGGUCUACUACCUGUGCCGGUCGGGGCUGGCCGCGAGAUCAGCGGUUGUCGCUGCGGUCGUGGGCGGAAUUGGCGGUGCGCUCUCGAUCGUCUUCACGACGCUCCUUGUCGGUCUUUCGCUUGCCAUGAGCGGUGAGGAGUUCGUGCCCGCCGCCAAGCUCGUGUUCUUCGCGCACAUUCCGGUCAUGGCAAUCGAGGGCAUCCUCACCGGCUUCGCCGUCUACCUGGCGCGCAAGGUGACAGUGUCCGUCAUCGUCGGACUGGUUUUCGCACUGGCCUCCUUCCAGUCGGCCUUUGCCCACAAGGUCAUUGCCUCGGUCUUUGCAAGCGGCAGCAUGAUCGAGGGGGAAGUCGGCUUCUCGAACGGUGACAUGGCCGCAAACACGCUGGUCGAGGUGUUCGACGAGGACGGCGCCAAGCUCGGCGAGGCAACGACCGACGAGGACGGCUUCUUCUCGUUCACGCCGACCAGCCGGGUCGUGCAUGUGUUCAGGGCGAACCUGGGAGCAGGGCACGUCGCCGAGGUUCGUAUGGGGCUGGAGGAACUGCCCCGGAUCGCAGGAGCCGGGUCGGCCACGGCCCCCGGCGUGUCCGGUGAUGCGGCGAAGAGCCCGGGAGCCGGAAGCGUAUCCGUUGCGGCGAACACGAAUAGUGACGCGCCCGAUGCGGCGCUUCUGGCUGAAAACCGGGAGCUCCUUCGCGAGAUGAUCCACAGGGAGGUCACGCCCUUGCGCCGCGAGAUCGCCGCCUACAAGGAGAAGAACGACCUGCAGACGAUCCUUGGCGGGAUGGGCUAUAUCGCCGGUCUGUUCGGCUUGUUCUUCUAUGUUCUGAUCGGUGCGGACGGCGCACGUACCGAAAACUUUCUGGACGGUCUCGACCCAAGAAGCCGGAUUCUGGCCGCCUUGUUCUUCGCAAUCCUUGUCGUCAGCCUCAAGAGCCUGGCCGUGCUGGCGCUCGGCUUCGGCGUUUCGCUGGCCAUGCUGCUUGCCACCCGUCUGCCGCUGAAGGGAACGCUGCGGCGCAUGGCGGCGAUGGACGGCUUUAUCAUCUUCAUGCUCGUGCUGCUGCCGUUCACGGUUCCGGGCACGCCGCUCUUCUUCGUAUUCGGCUUUCCGUUCUCGCUCGAGGGCGCGCUGAAGGCAGCGGAGAUCGCGCUCAAGGCCAAUGCGGUCAUCCUGAUGCUCAUGGUGCUCGUGGGAACGCUGGAGCCGGUGACGCUCGGACACGCGCUGCACAGGCUCAGGACACCCGAGACACUCGUGCAUCUUUUGAUGUUCACCGUGCGCUACAUCUCCGUGCUUCAUCAGGAGUACCAGAGGCUGCGGGGUGCGAUGAAGGUGCGCUCGUUCCGCCUUCGCAACUCGCUUCAUACCUACAAGUCCAUCGGAUACCUCGUCGGAAUGAUGCUCGUGCGGUCCGUCGAUCGCUCCGAAAGGAUCCUCGCGGCUAUGAAAUGCCGAGGGUUCACGGGCGCCAUUCCGCUUCUCGAUGCGAUGCGUUUCUCGAAGCGCGAUGCCGUUUUCGCGGCUUUGGUGUCUGUCGUUGGCGGCACAGGGGCCUCGCUCACCCUGCACACGGGCGAGCGCCUGGCGAUCAGCGGUCACAAUGGCGCGGGCAAGAGCACGCUGCUGCGGAUGAUCGUCGGGCUGCUGAAGCCGUCCCGGGGCAUGGUGCGCGCCUUCGGGCGCGAGUGUCGGGAGGAGGCCGACUUUCACGACGUCCGGCGACGGGCCGGCUUCGUGUUCCAGGAUCCCGACGACCAGCUUUUCUGUCCGACCGUGGCGGAGGAUGUGGCCUUCGGCCCGCUCAACCUCGGCAAGAGCCGGGCGGAAGCGUCGCGGAUCGUCGACGAGGUGCUCGAGCAGCUCGACCUGACGUUUCUGCGGGACCGGAUCACGUACAAGCUUUCAGGCGGAGAGAAGCGGCUCGUCAGCCUCGCGACGGUGCUUGCCAUGGAGCCGGAUGUCCUGCUUCUCGACGAGCCGACGAAUGCGCUCGACGAGAAGAACGAGGCGCGGCUUAUCGAGAUUCUUCUCGGACUGCCCCAGGCGAUGAUCAUCGUCUCCCACGACGCGGAUUUCCGCGCCCGGCUCGCGACCCGUGCGCUGCGCCUGGAACACGGAGGCCUUGUCGCAAGGGCACCGGGGGUGGCCUCGUAG